CUGAAGCAGGUUUUUCCAUCAGGUCAUGGAGAAAGAGAACGAGAUUAAUUUUCGCGAACAAUUGGCUGAAGAAUCUGAUGGUGAUGAAGAAAGUCCAAUCAAGGACAGGUCUUGUGAUCAGAGAGGGGCCUUACAAGGUGAACCUCGUUGUGUUAUCUGUGGCCGUUAUGGUGAGUACAUAUGUGAUGAGACCGAUGACGAUAUUUGCAGUAAAGAAUGCAAGCAAAUACUUCUCAAAAGGAUCAGGUCCUCCUCCCCGAAACCAAUAGGUCCAUCCCCAACUGUAAUUAAGCUCACAGCCCUUGAUGAAUGCGUCUAUGUAAGCGACAUUAUGCAACAAUGUUCAGAUUCUUCAUUAACAUCAAACCAAAUUGAUUCCUUGAGAAACAAAAAUGAUAUUCGAGUUCUGGGCAGUUCAGUUCCAGCUCCAAUUGUAUCAUUCUCCGACUGCAACCUUCCCCAAAAGCUCCAAGAUAACCUUGAGUCCCUAGGAUACGAUAUACCCACACCCAUUCAGAUGCAAGUGAUCCCAGCUGCUUUACUGGGUAGAAACUUAUUGGUUUUGGCACAAACAGGCUCUGGCAAAACAGCCUCAUAUCUGAUCCCUAUUAUAUCUAAGUGCUACACUGUAAGACGACAACGGCUUUUGGAUCAGAAGAGACCAUUAGCGAUAGUUUUGGCCCCAACUCGUGAGCUUUGUGCCCAAGUUGAGGAGCAAGCCAAAGCUUUUGGAAAGGGCCUGCCCUUCAAGACCGCAUUAAUUGUUGGGGGUAACCCAAUGGCUAGUCAGGCCUAUAGGGUUGGAAAGGGGAUCGAGCUUAUUGUUGCAACUCCUGGCCGACUCGUUGACCUACUAAUUAAGCAUGAAUUUGAGUUAGAUGAGGUCCGCACGUUGGUCAUAGAUGAAGUGGAUUGCAUGCUCGAGAAAGGGUUUCUUGAUCAGGUGAUGCAGAUUGUGAGGGCCCUCUCAAGACCACAAAUCGUGAUGAUCUCAGCUACAUUGCCUCGUGAGGUUGAGAAAUUAUCCAAGUCCAUGGCUGAAGACAUAGUGGUCAUAACGGUGGGGAAGGUAAAUAGACCCAGUGACACUGUGAGACAGGUGGUGAUAUGGGUAGAAACAAAGGAGAAGAAGCAGAAACUCUUUCAAAUAUUGAAGAGUGAAAAGCACUUCAAGCCACCAGCAGUUGUGUUUGUGGGGUCUAGAUUUGGAGCUGAUCUUUUGGCUGAGGCUAUUAGGGUCUCAACUGGUCUGAGAGCUUCUUCUAUUCAUGGGGAGAAGGGUAUGAGAGAAAGAAGGGAGAGUUUGAGGAUGUUUUUGUUAGGUGAGAUGUCUGUGAUUGUGGCUACUGGGGUUUUGGGUCGUGGAAUGGAUUUGAUGGGGGUGAGGCAGGUCAUAAUUUUUGACAUGCCAAACUCAGUUCCAGAGUAUGUGCACCUUAUUGGGAGGGCCUCAAGAUUGGGAGAGGCAGGAGAGGCUAUAGUAUUUGUUAAUGAGGAGGACAAGAGUUUGUUCAAGGAUUUUGUUAGGAUGCUUAAACAAUCUGGGGCUAUCAUUCCUAGGGAGCUUGCAAAUUCUCCUCAUUCACAGGCUUCUUAUCAAGUUGGUUCACGCCAAAAGAAAAGGAAAAGAUCAUGAAGGUCUUGACUGUGGUGGCCUGCGAGGUCAAGAAGCUGUCAGGCUUGAUGGCCGAGGGCACCAUAGUCAUUUUGAUGGAAGGGCCUAGCUCAUGCUUAAGAAGGUAUACUCGUAUGGGUUGAAAAAAAGAAGUGGAAGCAUUUCAGGCCACAGGGGUUUCGUGCUCAUGGGGUUUAGGAUUGGGGCUUCAGGCUGUUUCAUUAGCCAAGUCAAUUUGUGCUUUGAAGGAUUUGAGGGCAGAAGUGGA